GAAAAUGUUUUAAUGAUCAAGAUUUGCUGUUCAUCUGUGACAAACUGGAUAACGAAUCAUGGAGGAGACUGGGUGUGCGUCUUGGACUUAAGUGGACCGAUAUAAAAAAGAUAGCAAAAAACAACAGACUGGUUGAAGACCGCAUCAUGGAAUUGCUGGUUACUUGGAGGGAUGACCAAUCUAAGAGCCAACAAGUACCAAUCAUGGUGAACGCUUUGAGACAACAGAAGCUUGUUGAACUUGCACAAAGUGUGUGUGAAAGGCAUGGAUACAGUGACGAGUCAGAGAUUGCAUCAACUCAGAUAAAUCUGCCUCAAAUUUCAACACCAGUGAAAGGAAACUAUUUUGAUGAUCAAGAUUUGCUGUUCAUCUGCGACAAUCUGGAAUCUGGAUCAUGGAGGAGACUAGGAGUGCGUCUUGGACUCAAGUGGAGCAGUAUUAAUAAAAUAGGAGAUAACAAAAAACAGGUGGAAAACUGCAUCAUGGAAGUGCUGGUUACUUGGAGGGAUAACCAAUCUAAGAGCCAACAAGUACCUAUCAUGGUGAACGCUUUGAGACAACAAAAGCUUGUUGGACUUGCACAACGUAUAUGUGAAAAGCAUGGUUACAGUGACGAGUCAGAAGUUGCACCAACUCAGAUAAAUCUGCCGCAAAUUCCAACGCAAGGGCAAGGUUAGUGAAAAUCUGUUGCCGUUUUGCACUUGCUGAGAAACAUU